AUGGCAGCCAUUAACUGGAGAACGAUCAACAUUGACGCACUGGAUCCCGAAUCGUCCUACAACUUCGACCUCACAUCUCUCACCCCCGCCGUACAACCAGUCUCCACCGCAGAUGUACAAACUCUUGCGGGUCAGAUCCGCCAACUAUUACGAGGAGGCAAUGCAGAAGGCGCACUGGUUGGAGCUCUGGAGAACCCGCCAUACGGCGCGGACGAGUCUGGAAAGGCAAUCCACGUGAACACAGUCAUCGAGAUCCUACAGUCCAUACGGCAAGCCGAAAUGACACCAAUUCUCCAGCGGAUAUAUUCCUCAGAAGGUGGCAGCGAGAUUUGUGAUACCUUGAUGAAGUAUCUCUACAAAGGAAUGGGAAUGGUUGCGCCUUCAGAGAAAUCCGGGGGAAAGAGUGUCACGCCGCAGGGCACGGGAUUCACACAGGCAUCAGGGCGGAAUUUCGGUGGUGGUGAGGGAGGUGGUCAGGCAAUGAGUGUGCUGCUGAGCUGGCACGAAAAGCUUGUGGAGUUGGCUGGACCAGGCAGCAUCGUGCGGGUCAUGUCUGAUCGAAGGACGGUUUGA